UUGAGGAUCUUCGGGCCGGUAUCCCAUGGUACGUAAUAGAGGAACCUGGCCUCAUCAUGUCCAUCGGUGACUCGUCCAGAUCCCGGAUACCAAUAACGAGCAGAAUUCGUGGUCUCAACGUCACGCGUAAACAGGUCAUCCUCAGACAGGCAAAUCUGCACAGGCGACGUCAACCCAGGUCCCUCCACCGCAGAACGCGUCCCUGCCUUGCGCGACCCUCACUAGCACGUCCUACGACAACACCAUUAAGCUUUAGACCUUCGAGUACUACCAGCUCCUCGCCUCAUUUUAUCUCCAACAUCCUCGCUGCAUUAUCUUCUUGCCUGGCUCACGCAAAUUGGUUUACAAGGUGGCCUCGACCAAGGUCCAUAUAUGCGACACCCCAUGCGACAUCAUUUUGCUUGUACAACAUGGAGAACCCAGUAUAUGCAUUCCACGCACGCAGAUCUGUCCGUUAUCCACCAACGUUCUUUCGCAGACAAGCACAGCUAGAACUUGCCUUCUACACCACUUCGUCGCAUAUCAUUAUUACAGUCUGAUGCAACACCUCCUGCCGUGCCGUAAGCCAGUGAUCUCGCCUGUCAGGUCUUUCGCCCCUCAGGCCUCAGAUGCAAAUAUAAUCAUUUAAAAUACGCUCACAGCGUACAGCUCCUCUCCGGAAUGGUAACGUUUGCGAUCCCUUGGAUUUCUUCUCUUAUUUCCUUCUCACUUGACUCGACGUUCUCCUUGCAGUUUCCUGCUACACUUCCCCUACCUCCUACCUGCUCUCUGAGUCCCUUGCCGCAGGCAACCACUCACGGACGUUCGUACAGAUACAUGCGAGAACGUGAACGUGAACAGCCGCCAUCAUAUUUCUAAUUUACAUCUUUUUCAGCCUCGACUACCCACCAACUCAUCAUUUACUACUGCUCCU